UUGAUGACUUGAACAAAUGGGCCCUGUUUCUUGUCUCUCCCUUCAUACUUGAGGCAGAGCACAUAGCAUUUGUGACAGAGAGCAUUUGGGCACAAGGCGACAGUUUCCAGAAGCCAUCGUCUCCAGAAACAGUUGUAAAAUGGUCGGACUGUUGUUUGCCGUUAGCUUGCCGACCCGGGGAUCCCUACCAAUUAAUUGCUAAAGCAAGCGUGGACAACUUCAGCAAGCUCGGGGUUGCGUUUAUGGAGGAGAGGCUCCAGAUGGAUAAUGGACUCAUAGCCCAGAAGAUUGUUUCAGUUCACUUAAAGGACCCCGCUCUGAAGGAAGUCAACGAGGCCUCCACCAAGCAAGUCCAAGCCCUGCCGCCGAACCCAGAACCUUCCCUCGAGGCCGAGCCUGUGCAGGGCGUCAUGGAGCAUGCUGGCCAAGGUGACCGGAGGGCUGCUGGUGAAGGCUCUUCCCUUCGGAGGAGGGGCUGUGCCUCUGGGGGUGAGCCUGCCGCGGAUGGCGACCUGGGGCAGAGCUCCGCUGCUGAGCACCAUCAGCUCCACCUGUCCAGCUGCCACGAGUGUUUGGAACUUGAGAACAGUACCAUCGAGUCAGUGAGGUUUGCAUCAGCAGAGGACAUUCCAGAACUUCCUUAUGAUCACAGCAGCGGUGGGGAGGGUGCUGCGGAUGAACUCUGCCCUGAAAGGGAAGGGAGGAGAGUCAACAUUUCGGGAAAGGCACCCAAUAUCCUGCUGUAUGUGGGCCCCAGUUCCGAGGAAGCCCUGGGCCGGCUCCAGCAGGUGCGGUCUGUCCUGACCGACUGUGUGGACACGGACAGCUACACUCUCUACCAUCUGCCGGAAGACAGUGCUCUCAGGGACCCAUGGCCAGACAACUGUCUGCUCUUGGUUAUUGCCACCAGGGAACCUAUCCCCGAAGACAUACACCAGAAGUUCAUGGCCUACCUCUCUCAGGGGGGGAAGGUGCUGGGCCUGUCUUCCUCUUUCACGUUUGGUGGAUUUCAGGUGACAAGCAGGGACAUGCUACAGAACACAGCCCAGAACUUGGUUUUCUCAAAGGCUGAUGGGAGUGAGGUACGGCUCAGUGUCCUGAGCAGCGGCUGUGUUUAUGAGGAAGGCCUCAACCCAGGCAAACUCCGGGGCCACCUAGAGAAUCCGGACAAGGACAGGAUGAUUGUGCACGUGCCUUUUGGAAGCCGAGGAGGGGAGGCCGUUCUCUGCCAGGUGUACCUAGAGCUCCCUCCAAGCGCUUCCGUGGUGCAAACCCAAGAAGACUUUAACGUGCUGAAGUCCAGCAACAUGAGAAGGCAUGAAGUCCUCAAGGAGAUCCUGACCACCCUCGGCCUGAGCUGUGGUGUCCGGCAGGUUCCCGCCUUAACACCCCUGUACUUGCUGCUGGCCACCGAGGAAAUCCAGGAUCCUCUGAUGCAGUGGCUUGAGAGGCAUGUGGAUCCUGAAGGGAUCAUAAAAUCCAGCAAGCUCUCCCUUAAGUUCAUGUCCUCUUACACAUCUGAAGUGGAAAUCAGCCCGUCUUCUAUACCUGUGGUUACUGAUCCUGAAGCCUUCUCCUCAAAGCACUUUAACUUAGACACGUAUCGACGAAAUCUGCAGACCACGCGGCUGGGAAAAGUAAUUCUGUUUGCUGAAGUGACCCCCACGACCAUGAGUCUCUUGGAGGGGUUGAUGUUUGAGAUGCCACAGGAAAUGGGUUUAAUCGCCAUUGCUGUUCGGCAGACCCAGGGCAAAGGAAGGGGCCCGAAUGCCUGGCUGAGCCCUGUGGGGUGUGCCCUAUUCACUCUGCUGGUCUCCGUUCCCCUGAGGUCACAGCUGGGACAGAGGAUUCCGUUUGUCCAGCAUUUGAUGUCCCUGGCUGUGGUGGAGGCCGUGCGGUCCAUCCCAGAGUAUGAGGAGAUCAACUUGCGGGUGAAGUGGCCUAAUGAUAUUUAUUACAGUGACCUCAUGAAGAUUGGUGGAGUUCUGGUUAAUUCAACACUUAUGGGAGAAACGUUUUAUAUUCUUAUUGGCUGUGGAUUUAACGUGACUAACAGUAACCCUACCAUAUGCAUCAACGACCUCAUCGAAGAGCACAAUAAGGAGCAUGAGACAGGCCUGAAGCCCUUACGAGCCGAUUUUCUCAUAGCCAAGGCGGUGACUGUGCUGGAGAAACUGAUUGACAGGUUUCAGGACCAAGGGCCCGAUGGCGUCCUUCCUCUCUAUUACAAAUACUGGCUGCACAGUGGUCAGCAAGUCCGCCUGAGCAGCACCGAGGGGCCACAGGUGUCUGUUGUGGGCCUUGAUGAUUCCGGAUUCCUGCAGGUCCAUCGGAAGGGUGGUGAGGUUGUGACUGUGCAUCCAGAUGGCAACUCCUUUGACAUGCUGAGAAACCUCAUCCUGCCCAAGCGACAGUAGCGCAUGUCCCCAGACAGCUUGGAUCUGCCCUGCUGCAGCAGCAAGCCACACGGGGAAGCUCCUGGGCUGCUCCUGGGAGCUCCGAGCAAGCCCCCUGCUUCCCUGGCUGUCGCCUUUGUCUGCCUAGGGCCCGAGAAAGGAAUGUAGAGCUGUAGGCCAGUGUCUUCUCCGAGUCAUUUGUUAGCUCUUCAGGUUAUUGGUUCCCUGCCUCCGCCCCUACCCCACCCCACCCCUGGGUUUGGGUUUUUACUUUGUCUUUUUAUAUCUGUGGUUGUAUUUGGUGUUUGAAGAUUCAUCUGGUGAGGAUGGACAGGUGAAGAUUCGAUUUAGCUUAUGAGUUCAGUUUGCCUUGCACAGUGUCAAAGUGCUCUUUCCCACACGGGCUUGGACUUAUGUUUACUAGGAGAACAUGAGGGGCAGGGAGUUGGAAAUAGCCAUGAGGUAGUGCAAAUAUUUCCCAGGCAGUGAAGACUGUUCCAACAACGAAUGUGCUGAGCUCAGGUGAAUGCUGAGUUAGCGGUCCUCAGUGACUGCUUGUGAGCCUCCAGAGGGGUUCUCCCAGAACACACAGUGGUGCUUAGGCAUUGGGCUGUUCUUUGAUUUGGUUCUGGGGGGUUGUUGUUGUUUUUCUUAAUCAAGGUGGGCUCCCUGAAGAGUGGCUGAGGUGACCCCCACAUGGCUGCGGUGA